AUUAUAGCGUGUGUUUUGUUUUUGAUUCAGAGAAAGUACCCGGAUACUGAGCGUCCUGCAUCAAGAAAACACAAACUGACAUUUAAGGGGUCAGUUUACGAGAAACGCUUCAAGAACCUGAAAAAUCAAGAUCGUUGUGGAUCUCUUGCUGUGGGAGGCGAUAGUGCCGAUGAUGUUGUCAGACAAAUAUGGAUCUACUGUUCGAAGUUUGUGUACCGGGCGGCUGUUUUCCAAGACACCAUUCAUGAGAGUAUGGAUGCAGAGACUAGUGUCUCUUUUGCAAAAGUGUCGUGGGACGAAGAAGCUCCAUCCUAUGAGAAUUGCGACAACUUUCUGAUUUUUCAAGACAAAACUAGCAAACGUAGUUUUGGUCCAGCGAAGGUCGAUAAAGCAAUGCUGCAAAGUUGGAUGUCAAAGGAAAUCACUGUUGUAGUGUACAGGUAUUCAGACUCUGUAACAAGUCUUCACAGAUGGAACUUAUUGGAACAGAGCUUGAAACGGCCUUUGGAAAAAGACCGCGCUGGAGCAGAGUCUUUGGUUUCCGUGAAUAAGAUCAAGGCUGAGCUUAAAGUAAAUCAUGGACGGCACUUGAGCGGCGACGAUGUAAACUGGGGUUGCUGGGCUAGCUGGAUUGCUACUAAGCCAGUUGGCGUCAGAGACAAACUGAUGCACGAGACACCCCCUGAACAUCUGAUCAGCCUGUUUAGCUCUGUACCAGUCCACAGUGACACUCUAUUGGAAAAAGCUCGCCUUGAUCUACAGAUCGUAAACAAUAUCAACAAAGCCUACAGCAGGAUCUUGAGAGACCUGAACAAUGACCAUGCUGUCAUGGGAAAAAGGAUUGGAUUAAUGGAGGAUAAGCAAAGAGAAUAUGCAGAGAUGCUACAGGCCAUGAAUAACUCCGUCGCAGCGAAGGAGAAUCGCUUUUCCAUGGAGUUAGCCAAAACUUUGAGUGAUUGCAUCGAUGUUGACCAUGCAUAGACUGCGAUUGACUCCGAAUUUUUUAUGUUUCCAAAUGCUCGAAUAAAAUUAUCAAUAAAAACAUUUUCGUAAUGAGUAUUUUAUUACACAAAAUCACAUAUCAGAAAUUACU